GGGGGAAGUGACGCAACUACGGGGAGCGAUAAAGGCCAAAUCUCUUGGACGUCACCGAGUGUGCAGAGAUGUCCGCCACCAGGUAUCGGCGCUUCCUGAAGCUCUGUGAGGAAUGGCCGCGGGAUGAAACGAAGAAAGCCCGAGAUUUGGGGACCUUUCUGCGGCAGCGUGUCGCAGCGGCAUUUCGUGAGGGUGAAAACACACAGAUUGCUGAUGUGGAGAAGUGUGACCAGAUGUAUGAAAGCUUGGCUCGAAUUAAUGGAAAUGUUUACAGGCAACGGUUUCCUCGUGUGAGAGACACAAGCUUCACUGGUGUUACUGUUGAAGAGUGCAGACUGCUGUUGUCAGGUAGUUUGCAACAAAUGGAUGAUGAGAAGAAGGGGUUGUGGAAAACUUUGACUGAGAGGUUUUCUUCUAAGUCAGCCGAAGAAGGCCCAGAGAAGACGCAAGAAAAAUAAUUUUGCUGGUCUUUUUUAGUGUGUGUGUAUAUAUAGAAAUAAAUAGUUUUUGUUAAAUUAUUUCACCCUCAACUCUGAUUAUUCUACUACCAUUAGGUGUCACAAGAGAGGUAAGGGACACCUGAAAGUUGCUGUAAGCCUUGGUCUAAAACAUAACUCUUAUUUGUCAUUCAAAUGAAUGAAGACAUUAGUGACUAAUUUAAUAGUUGACUUGUCGAUGCAGAGGACAGUUGCUACUGAAUUGGAGCUACACAGGAUGUUUUUUUUUAAUAAAAAGGUCACCACAUGGAUUUGAAAAGGCCAUAU